AUGCCGGCACGCGUACUUGUGAGCAAUGACGACGGCAUUGAUGCGCCAGGCCUGCGGGCGCUGGUGCUCGCGCUGUCCAAGGAGGCCGACGUCUUCGUGUGCGCGCCCUCGGAGGAGCGCAGCGCACAGAGCCACGCGGUGUCGCUGCGGCGGUUCCUGGCCUGCCACCCCCACUCCGGCGUGGAGGGUGCCAAGGCGGCGUUUUCUGUUGACGGCACCCCAGCAGACUCCGUCAUGCUCGCCAUACAUGGACCCGUUUUUGAGGGUGGUGACUUUGACCUGGUGGUGUCGGGCAUAAACCGGGGCGACAACUGCGGCCUCCACGUCAUCUACAGUGGCACGGUUGGCGCGGCUCGAGAAGCUGCCUGCAAGGGUGUGCCGGCCAUCGCCCUGUCGCUGGACAACUUCAAUGCACGGCGUGUGGAUGACUACGCACCCUCAGCUGCCAUCAGCGCGGCCCUCGCCCUGCUGUCCAUAUUGUCCGAGUCCCCCUCCGCCCUGGGUGACAUGUCUGAGGGCGUCGUUCUCAACGUGAACUUCCCGGCAGGGGACGUGUCUGAGAUGAAGGGCAUCAAGCUGACCCACCAGGGGACGGGCUGCUUCUUCCCAAACUUCAAGGAGGUCCAGGAGGGACAGGGCAGCCACAUGCCCCAAAUCGAGGAGCGCACAGAGGACACGCGCAUGUUCAGGAACUUUGCUGGCGGGUAUCGCAAAGAUGGCACUGACGGCUCAGACAUGGAUGCUGUGGCUGGCGGAUGGGCCAGCGUCACACCUCUCGGGCUGCGGUCAGACCUGCUCUUUAAGAGCCGCACAGCCGCUGGCAGCAGCAGUGCCAACAGCGGCGAGAGCGCGAUCCAGGAGCGGCAUGCGCGUGGCUCAGUGGCGGUGGCGGCGCAGGUGGUGGUGCGGGCCGCGGCGGCGCUGGGUUUGGAGGCUGGCGGGAUAGAGGGCAUUGAGUGGCCUUUGGCAGACUAG